CAUCAGUCAUAGCGGCAGCGUUGCAUCACAUGACUCCUGUCUUGUCAACAUGGCUGCUGCGCUAAGCAGUGAAGAUUUCACCAACUUGCAGCUCCUGCUAAAGGCUCCAUCUAAAGACGCAGUGAGAGAUGUGUGUGUUCAGAGCCACGGAGCCCUGAACCGGAGGUUGACAGAAAACACUGCAGCCACCUUCAGCAUCCCUGCAGCACAGGCAGCUCAGCUGGUCCAGUCCCUCCACUCUCUGUCUCAUCACGUCCUCUUCCACAACCUGACGUCUCCGGAUCAGAUCCUCGCAGUAUUCCCAGAGUCUUUCCACUCCAACCUGAAGAACCUGAUCACUAAGAUCCUGCUGGAGAACAGUCCGGCGUGGAGGACAGAAGCUCUCAGCCAUCAGGUCUCUCUCCCUCAGCUGAAGGAGCUGGACUGGAGAGUGGACCUGGUGACCGGUUCUGACUCGGUCAGUAGGAUGGCGGUGCCGACCUGCCUGGUCCAGCUGAAGAUGGAGGAUCCGUGUCCGUCAGCAGGCGGGGAGCCGGUUUCCACGGUUACAGUGGAGCUGAGCAGGGAGUCACUGGACACCAUACUGGACGGACUGGGACGGAUCAGGGACCAGCUGGCUGUGGUGGCAGGGAAGUGAGAACACAGACUCCAGAUUCCCUCCACAAACAGUUUACACUUUAAAACGUGGCUCAAGUUCUACGUUUUUCAUCAAAACCUGCUGGCGUCUCAUUUAUCCGGCGAUUGGAAACUUUUUAACAUGUGUUGAAUGUGAUAAAGUGAUUUUUUUUUCAUUCUGUUUAUACAUUUAAUAUUAUUCAACUCAACCAUCAUUCAUGUGUAAAAGUACUGUUUCCAUUUCUACUAAUGUGAAAAUAAACUGUUAAGUCAGCA